UGAGGCUAUGACACGUACUGUCCUCUCAGACCUGCAGACAUCGGUCUACAAUUUGUCUGAAGAACCAGAAAGCCUGAGAAGAUAUUCCUGAGCAUCGAGGUUCAUCGCUUUUUUCGUUACUUUUCUUUUUAAGAAUGGAGACUAUUCUUUAUUGUUAUCAUUGCUGAUUUUGUCUCAGGAGGCAUUUUAACCUCCCGUGGACUUUGACCCUCAGUCCAUCACCAUGGUAAACCACAACCCAGCCCGCGUUGUGCUCAUGUUUCUUGGAUUGCUUUUAUUUUUAGCCGCAAUCACAUUAAACUCUCUGUCAGGAUUUGGUGCGAAAUCAGGUGUUUUCGCGCAAAGCACAGAAGAUGUGACACUCAAGUAUACAACACCGUUUACUCCUGCACCAUGGGCUCUGUUUGUCUGGGAUUUCACAUAUGUUUGGAUUUUUGCCAUGUUUAUAUAUUUUUUAGUGGGACUCUGUAGAAGGACUGCUUAUGACUGGUUGUACACCACGCCUGCAGUGCUACCCUAUGGAUUUCAUGUCUCUAUUAUCAUCAACGUUUGCUUGAACAUUACAUGGUUGUUUUUGUUUGACAGAGAGUUGCUGCUGCCAGUGCUGAUAAUCUCAGCACUAAUGACGCUCACCGAUUAUAUAAUACUAUUCUUCUCCUGUCAUGGACUGAAGAUCUACGGAGCCUGGUUGAACAAAUAUCACAACAUAGACCUCUGGCUUAUCAGAAUAUUGGUGCAGAAUGGAAUGGCAGUGUAUGCAACAUGGGGGACCCUCUCCACUCUCCUCGACCUGACGAUGUACUUGCAGCAUCAGACAGGAACAUCUCGAUGCGACUGUGCGAUGCUGUCACUGCUGCUGCUUCUCAUGGAGCUGUUGGCCUGGUUUCUCUUGGAGAACUUUUACUUUGAUGAGCAUGUACGUUAUAUUGUGACCAUCUACCCCGUGGUAAUCCUGUGGUUGACAGGCAUCCUGAAUAACUCCAGCUCUCCCGAAAGCCCCAUUUACAUUUUUGCAGCUUCAAUCCUGGCUAUUUCCUGCAUCUUGUUUGUGGCUCACAUGGCCCUGGUCACAUGGAAGCACCACAAACGACCGCUCUACAAAGACAGUGGGCCCAGUAUGUCACCAGUAGAAAUUGCCUUGACACAGAGAAAACUCUUUCUAUGAAUAUUAGCUUUGAAUUAUUUUUGCAAUUGCAGUAUUUUGUUGACGGGGAAUGUCAGUUGAUUCCAAAUGUAAAACGUUACAAUACAAUAAAUACUGCAGUCAAUUUUAAUAAAUGUUAAUACUGCAACAAGAUGCAUUAAUACUCACAUACAAAUAAGUGCACAGCUUUUUAACUAAUAAAUAGACAAAUGAAUGAAAAGCCAUAAACUCUACAUUUGUAAGGAUUAUUAAUAUCUAAAUGUCGUGUUUUUGCUGCAAGAAAAUACGUGGAUAAAUGUCAUGGAAUUAGAAAAGAAAGAACUGAUCAAAUGUUAAGGUUUCAAAUGUAAAUAAAGGUACAAAUAAAUAAAUAAAGUUAUUAAUAAUUGUAAACCUGAAUAAUGCCAAAAGAUGUAAAUGGUAAAUGGAUUGUAUAUUUAUAUAGCUCUUCUCUAAUCAAGUAUAGGGAUAAGGUAAACCAUGAUAAGUCACUUCUUUUUUUUUUGGAAACCAGCUUUGCUAUAUAAAACACGAUCAAACGAAAAAAAAACUUAUAUCUUAGAGCCUGGCAUCUUUGCUUGACAAAUUCAUUAAUUAUCGUAAUUGUUACUUUUGAAUGAUGAACUAAAUGUCUCAGCCUUAACCUAGCCCUGUAACAGGGUGCAGCUG